UUGAAUAUAACAGCAUGACUGUUUGGGAAAGAGACUGGCCCAAGCAGGGCAGAGCCAGAGAGGGUGGCUGGGUUCAACCAAAUGUCCAGGUCCAUCAAGCAAGCUUAUAGCACCAAGGAAGGUCCAAAGCCAAGAUGGAAGGCAUCUGCAAGUUGGAAUCAGAGUUCCUGAAACCCAUGGCCAGUCAUAAGCCUGGCACUGCAUGAACUGGAGACCAGUAUUUAUUUGGUAUAGCUUAGACAGGAUCUGAAUACCUAGAGCUGAGAUUAUAAGGACACUCCAGCACGCGGGCAGAAGAUGUGAAUGGAUGUUCCAGAAAUUAGAAAACGAACAGAAGAACCUAGAGAAGAUGGAGUCACCUCUUCCUACAGCAAGCAACAGACGUGAGGAUAUGCUUCAAAGUGCCUUGAAGAAAAGGAAAAAUCUCCUGCAGGAGCUUAAGGAGCAGCACCUUCUGGAGGAGCUGUCACAGCCUUCUGCACCAGCUGGGGGACAGUAUAGGAACUACAGUGCUGGUCUCCCGCGCGUCUACCAGAUACCUUUUCCAGCAUCUCGAGCUGAAACACCAAGGAUUAUCCAACAGGCGAUGCCUCCUCAGCCUGCCACGAUCAUCCAGCAGCUCCCACAGCCACCCCCACUGAUAGCACAGAUCCCCACUGCCCAGCCCUUUGCACAUCCUCGCUCUGGAAGCAUUAAAGAAGAUAUGGUGGAGAUGAUGCUGAUGCAGAAUGCACAGAUGCAUCAGAUCAUCAUGCAGAACAUGAUGCUGAAGUCUCUCCCAUCGAUGGCGUUUGCACAGCCAGCCAGACCCAGCUACCCACUGCUUCAGCACACACAGCAGGACCUGCAGCUCACCGCUCCUGUGGCUGUGAAAGCAGAUCGUCCCUGGCUGUCUGCAGUGCAUCACCACCACCACUACUCUCCCCCGGGGCUGGCCCUCCGUGCCAUGCCUGCUGGGCUCCCAGUGCCAGGUGAGGGACUGCCGCCUGCAUCCUCAGCCCAGCGUUGGACCAGCAGCGUGCUCCCAGCUAUGCAGAUGUGGCCCACCUACUGACAGCAUGUGUUCCUCUGAAGGUGGACAAUUGCAUCACUGAGUUCAACCUGCUUUUGAGCUGUUCCUAAAUAAUCUGAUGGUCUGUGCAUCUGCAAAUCAUCCAUACAGUAAAUGAGCAUAGAAAGACUGGAGAUCGACAGAAUAAAUGUACCACAGGCCUGUAGUCUGCUCACCCCUUUCUACCAGUGCAGCUGCUUCCUCUCAUAUGCCAAACCCAGAGCAACAGCAGCACCUCUCUUUUGCCUCUUUCGAAAGAACCAAGACAUCUUGUCCCAAAGAGCCUCACAGUGGCCCUGGGACGUGAAAUAAAUAUAACACUAGUAUUGUCUAAACUAUUGCAAAUGAGUAUGGCUCACCUUCAGGACUGAGUCCUUUCAUGUGUACUUUGGAGAAAUGCUCCUUUGCAGCCCUCAUGGGGGCUAAUGCAGACUAACCCAGACUUCAUGAAUGGAGCUCAGUUGCCAAAGCUUAUCAACCAAAGUGUUCCUCCUGUAUUGGGCUUGCAUGGCAAGGUUUUGGUAGCAGGAGGGCUGUAGAGUUAUCUUUGAGAAGAGCCCAAGAGCAUGUCAUUUUUUGGUAAAGGGCAGCACUCUGCCCUAAUUGCUUUACAUGGGCUGACAGGGAUUGUAGUAUUUGAAUAAAUAAUUUUCAGUAGGGAAAAGAAGAAAUAAAGUAGCUCCUGCAGUCAUCGCAUCUGAUCAUCUCAGUGGAACAUCACUACCCUAAUAUCUGCAAUGUUCUGCCCCAGGAAGUCUCUCUCAGUCUCUUCUGAGCCUCACAUUCGUGAUGCUACCCAAGUUUUUCUUUUCAAAGAGCUGUUGGAGGGUGGCUUCAGCAGCCUGAACUUGUGUAUAUUUCUGUAUUUCUCAAUCUUUCUCUUGCAUUACCAGGGUUUCACCUUGGGGGAAAAAAAUGGAAAAUAAUUUAAAAAAAGAUUCCCAAGGUCAUUCCUUGAAUAUUGGCAUGUUUUUGCUUGUUUGUUUGUUUGUUUUCCUAAGGAACAUAAAUCAUGCUUUUUCCUUUUUUAUUUUUCCUAUUAAUUUGCAGUUGCUAAGCAUUAAAACCCAUGCCAUCCUAUUCUUUCGAUUUUGUUUUAGAACUCAGGAGACCCAAGUUGUAACUAAGUGAUGAGCAACAUCUUUCCAUCAGCAGCCUCAUUAUGUUUAAUAGAGAAAGAAAAACCAUGAAUUAGUAGCACCUUCUCAAUGUCUUCCCACGUUCACCUGCUUUUAAACUGGGGUUUUCUACUGUAGGAAUGAGGAGGUUGAUAACCCCAAAUGCUGCCAUGGUUGAUGAAAUAUUCUUCCAAACUAAAAAGAACAUAUUUUUAUAUAUAAAUUUUUUCCUCAAUGCAGUCUUAAGCAAGUCUGAGAAAGAUAUUUGGAAUUAUUUGUCUACCCAGGACAAAGCAUAUUGCACUGGGCAUAUAUAAUUCCUGACAGGUGAGGUUUAGUCCCAUUUGCCAAGAAUUGUUUUCAGUAAGUAAGCAGACAAGUGUGACAGAAAGGAGCUGAUCAGUACCAUCUUGGAAGAAAAACUUUCAACCUGUAUCAGUGCUCAGAGUCUCCACUACACUUGGGGCUCUUAGUGAGAGGUCAGUCCAGCUGUGGACAUUCCUGAAAAAUAUAUUUUUGGCAACAUUUCCCAAGUCCCUCAUUUUCUGUCCUCCAUGAAUUUACUGGGGGUAAAUUACCCCAUCAUCAUUAACGAAGAUGUUACAGAGGACCAGAUCGAGUAUUCACCCCCUAGCGUAGUCC